CCGUGUGCAAGUGUAUGCAUAUUUGUAGUUGUUAAUUUCAAUAAUGGCCACGAGCUGCACGCUAGCUGCAUUUAAUAAAUUUAAUCUCAUAACUGUGCUUUUUGUUUAGUUAAAAACAAAAGAGUAAACAUGUAACUUAUAAGUGCAACAGUUCAAAGUAGUUUUUAGUGGUAUAUCAAUGAGAUUCAGAUAUACAAACGGAUAGAUAGGCGAAUAAAGAGGGCAAAAAAAGGCAAAUAAUUAUGCAAAAUUAAAACGAAUACAACUGCAAAAUGGAUGAACACACACUGAAUGACCUGUUGGAAUGUUCCGUAUGCCUCGAACGCUUGGACACCACUUCAAAGGUGCUACCAUGUCAACACACCUUCUGUCGCAAGUGUCUGCUGGACAUCGUGGCCAGUCAGCACAAAUUGCGUUGCCCCGAAUGUCGCGUAUUGGUGAAUUGCCGUAUUGACGAGCUGCCGCCAAACGUUUUGCUAAUGCGAAUCUUAGAAGGCAUGAAACAAACUGCUGGCAAAAAUGACAAAACCGAAGAUUUGGCGCAGACAAACGCAAGCAGAACGCAGCCGGAAGUUGCACCUACACAGCAACAAGAACAACAGCAGCAGCUACUCCAACAGCAGCAGCAACAACAACAACAAGCUGCAACUCGCCAAAAGCAGCGACGAUUUCUAUUGCCACACGCCUAUGCGCUCUUCGAUUUCGCCAGCAGCGAAGCCAGCGAUUUAAAAUUUAAGAAAGGCGACCUAAUACUACUAAAGCAGCGCAUCGAUAACAACUGGUUCGUUGGUCAGGCGAAUGGCCAGGAGGGCACAUUUCCCAUCAACUAUGUUAAGGUCGCUGUCGCCUUGCCUAUGCCCCAGUGCAUUGCCAUGUAUGACUUCAAAAUGGGACCGAGCGAUGAGGAAGGCUGCUUGGAGUUCAAAAAGAGCACCGUCAUCCAUGUGUUGCGUCGCGUCGAUCACAAUUGGGCCGAGGGACGUAUUGGUCAAACCAUUGGCAUCUUUCCUAUUGCAUUUGUCGAACUUAAUGCGGCUGCAAAAAAGCUGCUAGACAGCGGAGCCACCAGUGCGCCGUCGCAGCCCUCUGUGCAAUUGAUGCAACUGCAGCAGCAACGUGCUUUGCCACCAGUGCCGCUAAUCGAUCCCACGCACAUUACAAACGAUUCCAGCACUGGCUCGUCAAACAGCAAUUCAUCGAACAACAGCAGCAGCAACUCCAGUUCCACCAGUAGUUCGAACAACUGUAGUCCUAAUCACCAAUCGCUGCCCAAUACGCCGCAACAUGUUGCUGCCGCUGCUGCAACUGUUUCAGCUGCAACAGUCGCUGGAGGCGGAGGUGGCUGUGGUUCGGUACGUUAUCGGGAUAAAGGGGCCAAGGAGAAAAGGCAUUCAUUAAACGCCCUGCUACAGUCAGCACCACUUAGUUUGAUGCAAACUAACCGUCAUUCUGCUGAAAUUCUCAGUCUGCCACAUGAACUAAAUCGCUUAGAGUUAAGCUCCCAGGCAAAUGCAGUCACAACAGCCACUAUAACGCAGGCAUCUCAGACAUCUCGCGUACUGAAGACGCAUGUACAUCAGCAACAGCUGCCGCCAACACUGCCAUGGGGCUAUCUGGCGUUGUUCCCCUAUAAGCCAAGUCAUGCCGAUGAGCUGGAGCUGAAGAAAGGAUGCGUUUACAUUGUCACCGAGCGCUGUGUGGAUGGCUGGUUCAAAGGUAAGAACUGGCUGGACAUUACUGGUGUCUUUCCGGGCAACUAUUUGACGCCGUUACGCACACGAGAUCAACAGCAGCUGAUGCAUCAAUGGAAAUUUGUGCCGCCAUGCACAGAGAUGAAUGGGCCACCGGCUCAGUCACUCGACGUGCGUCUGAGCAACUUGCUGCCUACGCAGCCACCAGAUCUGCCUCCACGACAACAGCAGCAACAGUUGCCGCAAACAACAAACACAACAACCAGUUGUUCUAUGUGGACAAAGCCAGUGGAGGCGCUGUUCAGUCGCAAGUCAAGCGGCAGUGCUGAAAGCAAACCCGAGACUUCUUCAAGCAGUUCAGGUGCUGUUGGACUUAUGCGACGCUUAACGCACAUGAAAACGCGUUCAAAGUCACCGGGUGCUCCGCUACAGCAGCAUCAGCAAGCAGCGCCCAAAGAAGCCCCAAUUGCAACUGAAGCCAUCGUCAAAGCGGAGCCACUGCAUCCAGUGCAUGUCAGAUCCGGCUCUUGUCCCAGUCAGUUGCAACAAAGUCAGCCUCUCAAAGAAACAACUCCAGCGACAUCGAGCGCCGGACAACAGUUUCAGCCGAAUAGCAGCAACAUUUCCUACGGAUCGCAGCGCAUCAAAAGCAACAACAAAGAGCGACCGCAUUUGGUUUGUGCCAGGCAAUCACUGGACGCAGCCACCUUUCGUAGCAUGUACAAUAACGCGGUGUCGCCGCCGCCAUCAAGCCAUACCCAAAUCCAAACGCAGCUCCAUGCUAAUAUGAUCAUUGCCCCAAAUCAUCGCAAGACUCAGAGCCUGGACGCAGGACAUGUACUUUGUGCCAGCAACAGCAACAGUAAUAGCAACAACAACAGCAAUAGCAAUAGCGGUAUCAUUUCUGAGGCAGCCAUAAAGGCCAGUGCGACUACAAAAUCGUUGUACUGCACCCGAGAAAGCCGCUUUCGUUGCAUUGUGCCGUAUCCGCCGAACAGCGAUAUUGAAUUGGAACUGCGCUUGGGAGAUAUCAUCUAUGUGCAGCGCAAGCAGAAGAAUGGAUGGUAUAAAGGAACGCAUGCGCGCACUCAUAGGACUGGUUUAUUUCCAGCUUCCUUUGUGGAACCGGAUAUUUAGCUUCUUUAUUGCACAUUCCUUAAUGCAUUCGUGGUGUGAAAUUUCAAAUUAUACACUCACAUUUGUCAAAAUCCCCUUUAAAAAUCGCCGGUCGAUUUGUGCUUCCACAAAUGUUCGAAGGUUUUCCAAUAUCUCCUUUAAUCGCUUAUGAUCUUUUCGAAAAAGAACUUUUUUGUACAUUUUUAUACUGCGCUCGAAUACGAAUGCGAUAUUCUCUAUUAUGUAGUUUUUGAUACGAUUUUUAAUCAAAAAUAGGCAUAAGCAUACCUAAUAUUAUAUAUACUGUGUACUUAAGAUCAUAAUACUGUUUAAUUAGUUAGUGAAAUCGAACCAACGAACGAACCUGUCUCUUUGAUCCAAACGUAGAGUUUGUACGUUUCCUUUGUACUCUAAAUUAGACAUAAGAAAUUAACAAAAACAAACCUGUUAUUCGUAGUAACUUGUACUUAAGUAUACAAACAAACAUGCAUUCGAAUAUUCAUAAUAUUAAAAUAAAACAUAUGCAAACUGA